GUAAAACAGCAAUUCUGAGUUCAGUAAAUAAGUUCAUAUCAGUAAACCCAGAAGACGAUUCAGUAGAGGCUCGGAGCCUGACCGCUGGCACGGCGGAGUUCUGCAACAUACGAAGCAAUAAAAGCAAAGAGGUCAACAAAACCACUCUGCCUGCCGAGGAGGAAGGGAAUCUGGCUGAAGUUGAGAUUAACUAUGUCAAGAAGUUCCAGAAGUUCCAGGACAAGAAACUGCGCGUGAGCGAAGACAGCGUCAUAGAGUUGCGGCGCGCGCGCGAACAGGGCGCGCUACACGAGGCGCUCCUCGACCGCCGCAGCAAGAUGAAGGCCGACAGAUAUUGUAAAUAGGGCAUUAGGGCUCCUUCAAAAUGGGUUCCCUACGUUUUAUCGAA